AUGUUCUCAAUCUUUAUCCUCCCCGAAAAAAAAAAUGCUUACCUACCUCCUCCUUUUUCUGUUUGUUUUUCUUCGUUGAACGUCUUUCUUAGGCGUUCAUUCAGACCAACCCGCCGCAAUCUUCUCGUGCUCUCACGACUCUUCGGCGAGUCGUGCUCUCGACUCUUCGGCGGAAAUCGUGCUCUCACGACUCUUCGGCGAGUCGUGCUCUCACGACUCUUCGGCGAGUCGUGCUCUCACGACUCUUCGGCGAGUCUCUCUUCGAGUCGUGCUCACGACUCUUCGGCGAGUCGUGCUCUCACGACUCUUCGGCGAGUCGUGCUCUCGACUCUUCGGCGAGUCGUGCUCUCACGACUCUUCGGUGAGUCGUGCUCUCACGACUCUUCGGUGAGUCGUGCUCUCACGACUCUUCGGCGAGUCGUGCUCUCACGACUCUUCGGCGAGUCGUGCUCUCACGACUCUUCGGCGAGUCGUGCUCUCACGACUCUUCGGUCGUGCUCUCACGACUCUUCGGCGAGUCGUGCUCUCGACUCUUCGGCGAGUCGUGCUCUCGACUCUUCGGCGUGCUCUCCGACUCUUCGGCGAGUCGUGCUCUCACGACUCUUCGGCGAGUCGUGCUCUCACGACUCUUCGGCGAGUCGUGCUCUCACGACUCUUCAGGAGUAG